UGAGAAGUAUUCAUUCACCCUGAAGUGCAGUUUUUCACGACGUCACAAUGACGUUGCAGAAGAGGAGAAGAAGCUGAACAGCUGAACGAAACGAGUGAAGCCGGGAGCUGCUUUUUAGUUUGUCGGGUGCUUCAUGAAAGCUGAUUUUAAACUUGAAGUUAUGCUCUAGUCUGCGAGUCUAAACAUAAACCACUGGCUCCCAGUGUUUUUAUGGUAUUAUCGAGCCGUCGUUUAACGCUGCUACUCAGCAGCGAGGCUAGCUUGCGGUUUUCCCGGGUCCGGUCACGGGGGACAGAGCGGUGAGGAAGGGGCAGCCGGCUUCAGUGAUUGGUGGAACAGAAGCCCGAGCAGUUCGCUGACACACGGACAGUUCGGCUUUCGGCGGUUAGGAAACCCAACGGCUGCGUCCAGCUAACGUUAACGGUGAGGUUAGCUCGCAGCAAGCUAGCAGGAGCUCGAUCGAGGCGAGUCAGGAGGAGUCGCCCCUCGAGGUGAUUUGGCACCGGAACAACGGAUGGCAAGCUUUACCUGCCAGGCUAACGGAGAAAACGCACUGGGUCGAAGCUCCGAUUCUGACAUGUCCCGUCGACACCGGUACGAGUCCGAGUCCGACGUCGGCCUGACUGUCAAAUGCUUAGCGCGGCUGUGCAGCAGGGACGAAGAGGAGCGAGCAGCGGCUCUGGAGGAGCUCAGUCAAGAGGUCCUGGCGUGUCUGGGACCGGAUCGGCGCGGUUCGGCCCAGCUCAGUAGGCAAACACUUUUACAUCUGCUUCGGCUGUCCCGGUCGUGUCCGCUGCAGGAGGUUCGGGGGAGAGCAACCGAGCUGCUGCGAACCGCACAGGAAAAAGGAGUUGAAGUCCCCCGGGUGCUGGCAUCAGGCCCAAGUGCCUUUAUUCCUGCAAAAGAGAUGUUGAAAGAAGUGCCGGACCAGGACAUCCUCAUCGAAUCGUUCCUUUCAUUGGGCCGCGUGGACCACACCACCAUGGUGAUGGCAAUGCACCCUGCCUACCUCAGCUGCUUCCUGAGGACCCAACAUGCUCUGCUGGAGAUGGACGGCCCCUUGCCCCGUCACUGGAUACAUUACAUUGUUGUUAUGGCUGCGGCUCGACAUCACUGCUCGUACCUGGUGCAGCAGCACAGCGCCGGCUUCCUAGACGCUGGAGGGGAGGAGAGCUGGCUGAGCGGCCUCAAGCACGCUCCCACCAAACUCCAGAGCCUGCAAACCCUCAACAAACUGCUGGCACACAGACCCUGGCUCAUCACGCAGCAGCACAUCCAGGAGCUGGUGUGUCCCGGAGCGGAGCCUCGCUGGUCACUGGCUGAACUCAUACACGCUGUGAUCCUGAUGGCACACGCUCACUCACUCUGCUCUUUUGGGUGGGGAUGCGGCUUGAACCCUGAACCCGACCACAUCGGAGGUUAUACGUUCCAACUACCAUCACCCAAUCACCUUCCUCCGAGCCCCCACAGCCCUCAAAGCCCUCGGAGCCCCGCUCACGAGGAUAGCAGGCCGGAGCUGGGUGACGGGGCAAUGGAGGUGGAGGUGUUGAUGCAGAGGAUGGUGGCGCUGCAGCAGCAGGAGGAAGAGUGCACACAGGAGGAGAUGGUCACUCGCUUUGAAAGGGAGAGGAGCGAGAGCAUACCAACCACGGUCGUGCGAGAAGCACCACCCGAUCUGGUGCUGCAUCUAGUGGAGGAGCCACAGUUCAGGUACGAGGACUUUGCCCCGAGAGGAGAGCAGUCGCCACCCACCAUGAGAGCUCAGGACUACUCCUGGGAGGACCACGGCUUCUCUCUGGUCAACAGACUACUGCCAGACAUGGGCCAGCUCCUGGAUGAGAAGUUCCAGGUUGUGAGCAACUUGACCUACCACAGGAUGGCCAUGCAUGAAGAUGUGGACACUCACACUCUGAGAAAAGCUCUGUGGAACUACAUCCACUGUCUUUACGGCAUACGCUACGAUGAUUACGACUACGGCAGCGUGAACGUGCUGUUGGAGCGCUCGCUGAAGGUGUUCGUUAAAACCGUGGCCUGUCACCCCGAGCAGACCACGGCGCGCAUUUACCACGCCUUCUGGAGACGCUUCAGACACUCCGAAAAGGUUCAUGCUAACCUGAUAGUGAUGGAAGCCCGGCUACAAGCGGCCCUUCUUUAUACCUUACGAGCCAUCACACACUACAUGAGAUGACACACACACACUCACACACGUUUAUUGCAAAUGCUGAGCCAGCAGUGACGUACGACAACCCAGAGCAGAACACAACAUGGACACACACACACACACACACACACACACUACAGUGGAUAGUUGUUAAUGCAUAUCCCAAGUUUCAGUAUUAAUGGUUUGAUGCUGCUUUGCGACUGGGAUAUUAUCUGAUAUUUAAAACUUGUUACAUAUUUGCACUGAAAUUAAUCGAGUUUUGUUUCCCCAGUUGAGCCUCAGGUGUUGAUGUGAAUAUCUUGCACAGGCCAAUAAUCUGUCACCCACAGAUACGAGCUGUCCCGCCCAAUAUGACUACUUGUGUUUCUGUUUGUAGCACACAGAGACUGAGACGCAAACAAAAACAAAUAACUUGUAUUUUUAUACACAAUAAAAAGUGACUUUAUCUAAAAGUAAA